AACAUUGCUUUUAUAUACGGAUGAAAGUGUUUGUUUCUUCCGUGAGUAAUCUGUUUACUCGCGAGAUCUGCGUUUCGCGUGCGCCUCGAAAAUACUUGGUAGAAUCGUUAGUAGGGGACUUUUGGCAUUGAUGGAAUAUAUUAAAAUUAGUUGGUGAUGAUGAUGUUACAGUUUUUUCAAUCGGACGGAUAUAUCGAAUCGCUCUCUUGUUGCGUCUCCUUCUUUCUUUUGGCGGGGUGUCGUUAUUUUUGUUUUGUGAAUCGGAUCCAGAAUAAUCUCCGCGUUGCUUACCUUUAGUUUUUUACGUAACCAGGCAGCAAUAGCAAUGGCUAUAGUGUGUGUGCUGGCGAGUGUGUGUGUAUUAUAUAGGAUGGAGAGCGUAUGGAGCUGUAGCGCGGUAGCUGUUUGGUAUUUUUAGUUUGGCGGUAUUUGGCAUCGAGUUCGGUCGCGCGCUUAUUAUGCCCCAGUAGUUAGUUAUAGUAGAACCGAUAACGCGACGGUCGCAAGUAAAUUUGCUUGGACCACCGAUUUCAUCUUGAGGUCCAAAUGAAGUGAUGAUAGGUGUUGGAGAUGUAUGGGUCAGCAUUGUAUUCGCGUCAGCGUAGCGCUUACGAUGACUAUGAUCGGUUGGGAUACAACUGGCAUUCGGCGCCGUGGGCUUCGGGGAGUUAUGCGCCCACCAGGUCCACCUCUGGAAGCUCGGUUAGUUCGAUGGCAGGGAACGCCAGCCAGCCGCGGAGAACGCGUUACGCUCGAUCUUCGACCACCAGCGUAACUCAACUCUUGAGCGACUCUUGUACAAGUCUUCUCCAGAAACUGUCCACCAAAGUUCGAGGUCCGUCGGCGUCGCUGGAUCAGCAGCGGAAGACGCCGGCCAUCUCUACAUCCAGCUCUAACCCACUAACCACAUCCGCCUCCACGGCGUCCAUGGGAUCAGCUCGGACGCGCUUCGAGGACAAGUACGCUUCCGUUCUAGAUCGCAUCUACGGGAAGAAACGCGAAUCUGAAUCCGGCCGCGGACUCAGCAAAAGCGCGACUACCUCAACUGUUUAUGUGCCGGAGAAAUCCUCAUAUAAUUAUGUGCGCGAGAAGACGCCAUACAAGAGCGAGAAGAAACCUCAGUAUCCGGAACCUCCGUAUUCCUACCUCGAUCGCGAAUCCGUUUACCGCGUGCGCCACAAAUCCAACCACUCCGAACUCCGUCCUAGGCGAUCCUCCAAGCCCCACAGGAAGAGCGAAACCACAGAUAGGAAGAUGAACCUAAAACUGGUGGACAUACCACUCGACGAACCCGCGUCUCAAGCUAGCGAGAAAACUCCGACCAACCACUCUGACCUUACGGACAGGGAGACCAAGCGGAAGGAGAUCCAGAGUUUGAUCAUGAAAUAUUCCGCGCUAGACGAUGCCUACAAUAGGGCUUCUGAUGCGACCGCGAUCUCCGCCGCUCCCGCCGCUAUGGCCACCCCCGCGGCCCCUACGACACCCAUCAAACAGCCUAGGGGUCACUCCCAAAUGUACCAUACCAAUCAUCACCACCAUCAACGCUACCAUCUCCAUAACAAAACAAUAGCGGCUUCGGCUAGUUCGCGAGCUCCCUCCGUCGAGGACGAUGAAGAAGGCCACCUCAUUUACCGCUCUGGGGAUGUCCUGCAAGACAGAUAUAAGAUUCUUGGCACCCUCGGCGAAGGAACUUUUGGCAAGGUAGUCAAAGUGAAGGACUUGGAAAUGGACCAUUCCAUGGCCUUGAAGAUUAUAAAGAACGUAGAGAAGUAUAGGGAAGCUGCCAAAUUGGAAAUUAACGUGCUGGAGAAGAUCGCCGACAAGGAUCCCGAUUGUGUCCACUUAUGUGUCAGGAUGCUGGACUGGUUCGACUAUCAUGGACACAUGUGUAUAGGAUUUGAAAUGCUGGGACUUAGUGUAUUUGAUUUUCUGAAGGAUAACGGAUACCAACCGUACCCAGUGGACCACGUGCGACACAUCGGAUACCAGCUAUGUUUCUCGGUGAAAUUCCUGCACGACAAUAACUUGACACACACAGAUUUGAAGCCUGAAAACAUCUUGUUCCUAGAUUCUGAUUACGAUGUCGUGUAUAAUAGUAAAAAGCGGAGAGACGUGAAACGCGUGAAAAGAACUGACGUGAGGUUGAUAGAUUUCGGAAGCGCAACAUUCGAUCAUGAACACCACUCGACGAUUGUGUCUACAAGACAUUACAGGGCGCCAGAGGUGAUUCUUGAGUUGGGUUGGGCCCAGCCCUGCGACGUUUGGUCCGUGGGAUGCAUCCUGUUCGAGCUCUAUUUGGGCAUUACCCUGUUCCAGACGCACGAUAAUAGAGAACAUUUGGCGAUGAUGCAAAGAAUUUUAGGCGAAAUUCCAGUCAGGAUGGCCAGAAAAACGAAGACGAAAUACUUUUAUCGUGGGAAGUUGGAGUGGGACGAAAAAAGUUCGGCCGGCAGAUUCAUCAGGGAUAAUUGCAAACCUUUGUUGAGGUACAAACAGAGUGAUGAUUCCGAGCACGGUCAACUUUUUGAUUUGAUAUUGCGGAUGUUAGAGUAUGAGCCCUCGCAGCGUAUAACUUUGCGCGAGGCGAUGUCCCAUCCGUUCUUCGACAAGAUUCCAUCCCACCAACGGCUGGGCGAGAAGGGGUCCGGGGAUGCUCCCAGAAGGAGUCUAUCGAUCACAUCGCGAUAACAAUUCCCGAAUGGCGAUCGUGCGUUUUGUGUAUAGUGAACGGACUUAAUAAAUCAAUUUCCACCAACUUGAAAAUCAUUAUCACUUGUGCUACUAAAGCUAAAAGCAAAUACUGUAUGUUUUUUUGUUUUCCCUCAAUAUGUAAAGAAUAGUUGAAAAAACAACAACAAACGAGUAAUAUUAAUAUUAAACACAAUUUUCGAAUUUUGUUCAUAAUCGAUGUAUAAUAUAUAUAUAUAUAUAUUCGCGUGUGUGGACGGGGAAAAUGGUCUAUUAUUUAAUUUAGUUUUAUUGUUUUAUUUUAUCGUCUUUUCUGAUCCAUCUUUUACUGCAUUGCAUCCAACGAAUCGUUUGCUAAAUUGAUCGAUAGCAGCAACCAGUGGAAUUGUGAUUUUAAAAAACAGAUAUAUUUUGUUGAUUCUGUCCGCGUUUGCAAACGAAAGAAGGAAGUCAUAUGUAAUAAUAAUAAUAGGAAUAUUAUAAUAUAUUGUAUUCAAUUUUGUUUGUCAAAAGGAAGAAAAUUUUCAGGCGAGAAUGUGAGCAUGUUCGGUAACGAAUUUUCUUUGAAAGAUUGUGCGAGUUGAUGAUUUUAUGAUGAUUACACAUGAUUAUUUUUUUUAUGUUCACGUAGGUUAAUUUUUGCGCGCAGAUGACGAUUGACUUGCGCACUUGACGUUACACACUUGUUACUUAAGAAAAUAUAUAAAUAUGAAUUGGCCGAGGCGGAGAUGAAAAGUUGUAUAAGAAAAAUAAUAUUUUGUAAAAGAACGA